CCAGUGCUGCUAAUUCUUGCCUUUACGCCGGACGUUUGUAGCUGGUUUUAAGUCCCUCUGAUCCAUUAACGAUGGGGUGUUUGGAUAGCGUGAGAGAAUGCUGUGACCGGCCGAAAAACACAAAUAUUAGAUUUAGUUUUCCUGCCGUCUGCUUCGUUUGGCAGACUGCGAUGAUUAUCCUCUUUGGAGUUUUUAUCCGUUAUGAUGAAGAAUCCGACACUCACUGGGUAGAAUACAAAAAGGGACACAAUAUCACCAGUGAUAUUGAGAAUGAUUUCUACUUUAGAUAUCCAAGCUUCCAGGACGUGCACGUGAUGAUCUUUGUGGGCUUCGGUUUCCUCAUGACCUUCCUCCAGCGCUACGGCUUCAGCGCCGUGGGCUUCAACUUCCUCAUCGCCGCCUUCGGCAUCCAGUGGGCACUGCUGAUGCAGGGCUGGUUCCACUCUUUGGACUUCUCGGACGGCAAGAUCAAAAUUGGAGUGGAGAGCCUGAUCAACGCGGACUUCUGUGUGGCGGGCUGUUUGAUCGCUUACGGAGCCGUCCUGGGGAAAGUCAGUCCAGUCCAGCUGCUGGUGUUGACAUUAUUUGGUGUGACACUGUUUGCCAUAGAGGAGUUCAUCAUCCUAGACGUCAUCCAUGCCAAAGAUGCCGGGGGAUCCAUGGUGAUUCACACGUUUGGAGGUUAUUAUGGUCUGUCCAUCUCCUGGGUCCUAUACCGACCAAAUUUGGAGCAGAGCAAGCGUCUCAAUGCAUCUGUGUACCACUCGGAUGUCUUUGCCAUGAUUGGAACUCUUUUUCUGUGGAUGUUCUGGCCCAGUUUCAACUCAGCCAUCACUGACCACGGGGACGGGCAGCACCGGGCGGCCAUCAACACAUACCUGUCCCUGGCCUCAACGGUGCUCACCACCUUCGCCAUCUCCAGCCUCUUUCAGAAAACAGGCAAAGUUGACAUGGUGCACAUCCAGAACUCCACCCUGGCUGGAGGUGUAGCUGUGGGCACAGCAGCAGAGUUCAUGCUGAUGCCGUACGGGUCUCUCAUUGUGGGCUUCUGCUGUGGAGUCAUCUCCACUUUAGGCUACAUCUUCCUCACACCCUUCAUGGAGCGGAAGCUCAAGAUCCAGGACACGUGCGGCAUCCACAACCUGCAUGCCAUGCCCGGCGUGAUCGGGGGCAUUGUGGGCGCCAUCACCGCCGCGGCGGCCAGCACAGAGGUUUACGGGAAAGAAGGGUUGAUCAACACUUUUGACUUUGAGGGGCCGUUUGAAGGGCGGUCGCCUACGGUCCAGGGAGGACAUCAGGCAGCAGCGCUGUGUGUGUCCAUAGUCUUUGGCAUCGGUGGAGGUAUUUUUGUAGGUUGCAUCCUGAAGCUGCCCAUAUGGGGGGACGUCGCAGAUGAGCACUGCUUUGAUGACGAGUUCUACUGGGAGGUGCCAGAAGAGGAAGAGCUUAUUCCUCCCGUUCUGGAGUACAACAACCACAUGAUGAUCAACAAGCGCGCAGACAUGGUGGAGUCUAAUUUCUCAGAGCCGCAGACUUAAAGCAGCACCAGGAUGCUGCAGACAUCUGAACACAUACUUACACACAUGAACACCAUGCACUCUUCAGACUUAUGUAUUCGCACACAUGAACACCAUGGACUCAGACUACACACUCACACAUAAACACUGUGCAAUCUCCACACACACUCACACAUAAACACUGUGCAAUCUCCACACACACUCACACAUAAACACCAUGCACUCUGUACACUGUACACUCACACACAUAAACACCAUGCAAUCUGCACACACACACACUCACACAUAAACACCAUGCAAUCUGCACUCUUAUGAACUCAUACAUAAACACCAUGCACUCUGUACACUAUACACUCACACACAUAAUGCACUCUGUACACUUAUGCACUCACACACAUAAACACCAUGCACUCUGUACACUGUAUACACACACAUGAACACCAUGCAAUCUCCACACACACUCACACAUAAACACCAUGCACUCUGUACACUGUACACUCACACACAUAAACACCAUGCAAUCUGCACUCUUAUGCACUCACACAUGAACACCAUACAAUCUGCACACUUAUGCACUCACAUGCUGCAAUGCUGGUCCUUGUGCAGGACUGUCAGCUGCUUGGAUUUUUCUUUUAAGAAUACCACGACUGUUUGUCUACCAAAAAGCGUGGCUUUGAAUGCAAUAUCAUAUAUCUUUUCAUUUGAUUGGCUUGUGUCACCAUUGGAAAUUUUUACUAAUGAUUUGUUGUUUGUCUGAAUGUAAUUGAAUGAGUCUUUUACCAAGAUCAUGGUCUCAUUUUACAAAUGAUAAUACUACUAUUAUGGAAAUGCUGAAAAUUGUAAUAUAAAUUAUGAAAUCUAAAAUACUUUGAGGUGGAAUUUUGCUUUUGUGUGUUUGCACCAUUCUGAAAUGUGUCGGCUGUAACUGUAGACCAGUUAAACCCUGAAAACAUGGUCAAUUGCAAUACUGUGAAUAUUUCAAAGUGUUUGUUUUCAUAUGAAUAUGAAUGUUUUCAAUGCCCAGCCUUGUUGUUUUCUGUUUCAUUUAUGUUCGGGAUGAUUUGAUAUGGGGUUUUACUUCCGUCCAUACGAUUAAUUCAAUAUUAGAAGUCUUACUGAAGUAUUAAUCACGUUAUCUGCAACCAAGACCUGUUGCCCUGGCAUCUAUUGCUGUUUAAAACCAAUUAAAUCAAUACAUAGCCAUAUGUAGACCUGGUCAGAUAUGUUGGUUUUGUCCAGCUUUAUUUGUUUGUAAUACUGGAUCAGAGGUCCUCUAGCUGCUAUAUCAGUCAGUAAAUACAAAUCUAGAAUGUUCUCUUUAUUGAAUACCAACCUCUGUAUAAUGCUAAACACAAUGUUGUUUACAUCCAAAUUUAGCAGAGUCACAUUCUCUCUCUCUCUCUCUCUCUCUCUCUUGCUCUCACUCCUUUGAUGUUCUGAAGUUCAGUCCACUGUUCUUUUGUUCUAUUAGUGGCUUUUAAAAUAUUGUGGUGUUCUGGUUGUGCCGUCCUUCUGGGCUGUCUCUCCCAGGUCAAGGUCAGGUUAAAAAGCUGUCCCUCUGGGCUCCUAGAGUUGAUGGGAUGAGGAAGGCCCUUUACUUUACUGACCUUUUUGUACAAAAGUCAUUGGGUCUCAAGUGUGAAGUUCAGGUCAUUGCUUUGUAAGCUGCACUUGUUUCUUUCUGGUCACAAAUGUACUGCUUAAUUUCACUAUAACGCUUUAACAAGUUACCAUUCGAUUUGCUUUGCUUGUGAAAAUUAAACUUCAACUCGUAAAUUUUCCCUG